GUCACCGUUUUCACCACUACACCGGCCAAAAGAUGGCGGCGUCCUUGAGCAGUACAGGGAGCGUGAGGCUCCUUAGUACAUUAUUCAGGCCUGGAUCAUUGUUCAGCUCCUCUGGAAGCAGAGCUCUCCAUGUCACGGCUGUUUGCUGCAAGAGUAAAGCGGCUCGUGUUCGAGUGGGGAAAGGAGACAAACCUUUGACCUAUGAGGAAGCUCUUCCGCCUCAUUUCAUCGGCCACCGCAAAGGAUGGUUGUCUCAACACACCAGUAACCUUAAAGGAGAAGGCGGAGCGGCCGAUCGCACCAUCGAGGACAUCUUCCUGAGGCGUUUCAUGUACGGGACCUUCCACAACUGCCUCGCCAAUGAGGUCGUCAUCAAAAGACGCGGCAACAUUCUCGUAGUGUGUGCUUUAUUACAACAGAAAAUGCUUCCACAUAAGUUUUAUUUCCUGAUCGGAUAUUCAGAGACGCUGCUGUCGCACUUCUACAAAUGUCCCGUUAAGUUAGAGAUUCAGACGCUGCAGGAUAAAACGGUGUACAAAUACAUCUGAUGGAGCUCUGUGUUAAUGCUAACAUGCUUCUUCUACAUCUCUGUGUUUAAAAAUGUGAAUUUAUUCCUGUCUUAUUCUGUCUGCAGUGAUGCCAUGGUAUCAGUUUCAGAGAUUUAGCGCUUUCAUGGAGAUAUUAAAGAGAAUAAAAUCCUGUUUUUGAUAUAAA